AUGCCGGGAGGAUCAGUCGACUUGAGCACGAAAGUCGUGUUCGCGAAGGGAAAAGUAAGUAUCACUCCCCCAAAAACGUUUUGUUUUCUUACUAAUUUUUCCGGUUUUCAGGUACUUCUCAUCGUCGUGAUGGCGGUCUACUUGGUGUCGGCACUGGCCGUCGUCGGAACCGGUCUUGCCGAACAGUAAGAGAAACGCAAAGAGCAAACGAUAACGGUUCAUUUUCAGUUUCUCGUUCAAAUCCAAAGUCACUUCAGCAUCUGCUGAAAAAAACGUCAAAGAAGCGGGGGCUGCGGCCGAUCUCAUCGGAGGAGUCAUCAUGUUCUUCCUCUUCAUUCCUGCUCUUGCUUGGGUAGAUCCUCGAACAGAAACACGCUGAAAACAUCAUCGGAGAAUCCUUUUCAGAUCAUUGAAGGUGUCGCCAUUUCGUUCUUGUUCUGCUGCAAGUCCAAGUGCUGUUACGGAUACUGUGCUAUCGUCACAUUUCCGUUUGUCGGCGUGGGAGCCUUCACGGCCAUCAGCGUGCUCACCGCCGACAUUCCCUGGUUCUUCUUCCUCGGCGGCGCUUGGAUUUCGUUGAUUUUUAAGUGUAAAUAUCUCCGUGCACAUUAUUUACAAUGGAAAUCCUCCACUUUCAGACACAUUGUACAUGAUUUCUGCGUUCGGCGUCAUCACCAUUCUGAACGGAAUCGUGUGCAUCGUCGUCCUGUGCCGCCUGAGCUACUUUGAUCGUGCCGGCGGCGGCGGAGAGGACUCGGAUCUCUACUCGUUGGACGACGAUGAACACUUGGAAAAGAGUGAUUCGAUCAGCGAGCAGACUCUCAACAACCUCACCGGAGUGUAUUGA